UGUCGAGUCUAAGCGAACGGAUUAAGUAUGAGCGAAUCGCCUAUAAAUGGCUCUUCCUGGAGUCCAAAAAAUCGCAAAAUCAGUAAAAAUAAUGCGGAAGAUUCAGCUGCGCCCUCUUCAAGCUCCCAAAGAGUUCCAUCCGAAGCCUCGUCCAAUAUUUUUGUCCUGAACACCGAUUGUUUAGAAAGAAUAUUCUCAAUUCUAAGCUUAGAAGAUCAGUUGAAUUUUUCACGUUCCAAUCACGAAAUAGAAUGCAUGUUCAGGAACUACGCACAACGGAAGUACAAACACAUCACUGAAGACAUCAUUGACAGCCUUAAGGAACCUGAUCUGGAAUAUCUAGUGGAACAAGUCAACGAGCAUGUGAUCAGCUAUGAGUCAAGUCUGGAUCCCUCCUCCAAAGCCGAGGAGCAGUUGGGGUUACUAGGAAUGCACUGCCCUAUGCUGCGCCGCCUCAACAUGACUUUCAGUCGACCCCAAUGGGAGGACUUGAACCAAUUGAAGAAUUUAAACACUCUUCAUGCCUCUUUACAAUUUAGUAGCAAUGAUGUCUUCGAGAAGUUCUUCUUAAAUCUAUCAGAGAAUCUACCGGGUCUGAGGAAGCUAGUUUUGGAUGCUCCCGACUACAAUGGGAAAGGACUCCACGUGCUGGAGAAACUACAGAAUCUAGAGAUAAAUUGCGAAUUAGAUGCCAAAUACCUGACCGAUUGCUGCAUCAAGAUGAAAAAUUUGAACUUUCUUAAAAUUGGACCGUGGAACAAAAACCUGACCAACGAAAACUUAUCCGCGAUUGUCGCGAACUGCCGGAACCUGGAAACGCUUGGGUUCCCCGACAACAAACUUCUCGAUAAUGUGGCAUACGAAAAGGUUUGUGAGCUGCCCCGACUGAAGCACAUAAUAUUGACCUAUCCGCGUCGAAGGCCGGGUUUUAUCAAGGGGCUUGUACGUAGGACUGGAACUCCUCUUGAGAGCCUUAUUCUGUUUGGAUCGAAUCUGUGUAAGGAGCAGAUAGGACAUAUCUGUGAUAUUCCUUCCCUCAGAGAACUCUGGCUAGGCAGCACAGACGAAAAUUUUAAUGUGGAAGGCUUUACGAAGCUGAAAUCUCUUGAAUACCUACAUCUGGAUAUGGAAGGCAUUACAAAUAAGCAAUUGUUGGAACUGGUGCUUGGAUGGCCACGCCUACGGGUCUUGAAUGUGUUAUAUUGUUGGAAUGUUACUUCCGAUUUCAUUUCUUUACUAAAUCGUUCUGCGAAGAAGCUUAAGGAAAUCAAUCGUGACAAAAUUUCAAUAUAUUUGUAUGACUCUUCUGUGGAUUGGGAAGGAAACUCCAGCUUUAAAAUUGAGAACAUACACAUCAUAAAUGGCCAUUUAAAUUCUCCUAUUUUAAUAAAAAAGGAGCUCAAUAUUCAAUAACAAUUAUUCCGACUCCGAUAGCUUAUAAUAUAGUUCAGGAUUACUAUAUUCAUACCUGUAGCCAGCCCAUCUCACAGUGAAUUAGUUAAGAAGUAUGAACAAACAUUAAAUUACGCAUUAAACUCAUAGGUUUUUUUUUAUGCCAAGACCUUAGAAACCCCCUUAGACACAACCCGAAAGCAAGACACAAGCUCUUGGCAUAGAAAAUUCAAUUCAAUUCAAGGGACCGGGACCAGGCCAUGGCAGAAACGGAAACUUGAAAGACCAACUGCCAGGCAAGGAUGCAGGAUGAGGAACUGGAGACCCUUGGAGAAAAGCAACAACCCAGAAACUAUAGCCCAACAUGUUUAAAAAUCAAAUAUCUUAAGAAUAAUGAAAGAAAAAUGCGCCAA